AUGGAUUAUUACAUGGCCAGCUCCUCCUCAUCAUCACAGCAGCACAUGGAUGAGCAGGAGAAACUAAAGACCUAUGAAGACAAGACAGAGAGAUACAGAGGAACCGGGCAUAGGGGGCACCCCUCCGGGUGGAAAAGUAUUGACCGAACAGUGACCGUUUGGCAGCACCGUGGUGUUCAAGCAGCUACAGCUGAACGGGAGAAUGUACAGAAAAGAACGUUUACGCGUUGGAUAAACCUGCACCUGGAAAAGCGCAACCCACCAAUGGAAGUUAAAGAUUUGUUUGUGGAUAUUCAAGACGGUAGAAUCCUGAUGGCUCUCUUGGAGGUCCUAACAGGGCAGAACCUGCUCCACGAGUACAAAUCGUCAACUCAUCGCAUAUUCCGGCUGAAUAACAUUGCCAAGGCGCUGAAGUUUCUAGAAGACAGUAAUGUAAAGUUGGUCAGUAUAGAUGCUGCCGAAAUCGCUGAUGGAAACCCCUCUUUGGUUCUCGGCUUGAUCUGGAACAUCAUCCUCUUCCUGCAGAUUAAAGAACUCACAGGAAACCUGAACAGAAUGUCGUCGUCUUCCAGUCUGUCAUCCCUGCCUAGCGGGACCGAGUCCGACACGUCUCAUCCCGGCACUCUCAGCACAGAGAAAAGUCUGUCCGUUUCAAUUAAGGAUCAACGGAGGGCAAUCAAAGCUUUACUCAGCUGGGUUCAGCAGAGGACAAGAAAGUACGGAGUGGCGGUUCAGGAUUUUGCUGGUAGUUGGAGAAGUGGACUCGCCUUCUUGGCCGUUAUUAAAGCCAUAGACUCCAGCCUUGUGGACAUCAAGAAAGCACUGGAGAGAUCGGCCAGGGAGAAUCUUGAAGACGCAUUUACUAUUGCCCAGCGGAGUCUCAACAUCCCGCGGCUUUUAGAACCAGAGGAUGUGAUGGUGGAUUCGCCGGACGAACAAUCCAUAAUGACAUACGUCACACAGUUCCUGGAGCAUUUUCCAGAGCUUGACCCAGAUGAUUUCACAGAUCGCAGUGAAGAUGCUCCAGUGGAGAUGACAUACGUGCAUUACAAAGAUGGUCCUAGGGAAGAAGAAGGCAAGAUCAUUACUAUACCCAAAAAUGAGGAAAAUGACUUUACGGUGGAACUUCAGACAAGGCCUCUUACGCCACCAGAGACACAUGUCUACACAGAAGUUAAUGUUGCAGAUGACAGAAAUCCAAGUCCCAUGAACAGUUUUAGCAAACCACAAUGGCUCUCAUCAAAAGCUACUCGAGGUUCAGGUCCUGAGACGGCCGGGUUUAUGUUUGACAGGUUUUUACGCCGGCCUGAAAUGUCUUCAUUGAAUUCUGGGGUAUCCGGGGAAGUCUCUGGUAAUGGAUUCAAAAAAAUCAAAAAUACUGAAGGUCCAGUGGAACCAGUUUUGCUUUCUAAUGGACCAGGAGAGCUUCACUACAACUUAUUUGAUGAAGACUCACCCAAACCUACUUCAGGUGGACCCAAAGACCAGGAGCCAAAUUAUAUAUUAAGUGAUGACUACAACAAAUAUUGUGACUCUUCUUCAUCAUUUUCAUCCAUUUCCGAUAGGGAACCCAAUGACCUCUUCUAUCACUCUGAGGAUUUUCAAGGUUCCAUAAAGCCAUCACCAAUGUCUGAUGACAGUGGACUAGUGACACCACAUGACCAAAAUGAGGAAGAUGACAUCUUCAAGUACAUCUCACACCUGCCCAAAGAUCAUUUAGAAGGUGAACCUUCCAAACAAAGGACUGUCUUCCAAGCAUACAAAUCCAGCACAGAUGAUAAGGUUAACUCUAAAAAUCGUCUGGAUUCCAUUGAAGACCAUCUGGCAGAGGAAACCAACUCCGUGGAAGACAAGAACUCUGCUAAAGUUUCCAUCAUCCCUCAUGACUUAUUUUACUACCCUCAUUAUAGCGUUCCCAUUGCUGAUGUCUUGCAGGCCUUUGCCGACACCUGCCCAGAUGGUAUCAAUAGGUCCGAUAGGGAGUUUGACGAUUCAUCCGAAAACCACUCAGAGGGCAGCGACUCAUUCAGUGGUGACGACGACUUGGACGGAGAGAUGAUAGAAAAAGUGACUUCAGUGCCAGAAUCCGAAGAAUGGGGGUUAGGUUUGAAGGACUUUGUGCAAGAUGUGACAUGCAUAAAGACUGGUUCACCAGCUUGGUCAGUGGGAUCCAUAUUGAAUGGAUCAGUAUCUCAACCAGCCCAUGACCUACAGCCCAACAAUUCCUCUUUUCACUCUGGAUAUAAUGACAAUUCUCAGGUAACUGAACACACUGAAGAUCCUGAUGAUGAUGUUGAUGAAUCUAUAACAAGCGGAGAGAGAGUCGUCAGUAGGAAGUCAAACCUGGAGUUCCAUCUCAUUGAAGAUCAUCCAUGCAAACUUGCUGCAGAAGUAGAGGCCAGUCCUAAGGAUCCGUGGCUUUCAAGAGCCAUUCAGAAUGACGCGCACACCCACAACAGAAAAGAGCAUGAGUUCAACAAAGUUAUCAAUGUUAGAACUUUGAGGGAGGAAAACACAGAAGGUGAUAAAGACCAAAAUUCAGGACCAAGUAAAAGUGAACGUGGCGACACGCGCCGAGGGUCCCCGAGCUCCGGACCUUUGACGCCUGCUAAAGAUCUGAGGAAGAUGUAUUACAUCGGGAUCCUGCUCUGGUUCAUUUGCUACUGCGCCUUCAUCCUCCCAGAGUUGGACAUGAGCAAAGUGGAAUUCUUAGUGAGAGACGAUUAAAGACGGGGUCCCCGGGGUGGGGGGCCCACAAAUCGCCAAUGGUUUUUCCUCUCGCCAUGUCUCCUACAGCAAUAAUUUUAACCUGCUAGCGUCCUGCGUCGCGGCACAUGACUAAUGAGACACAAUGAGCAGAAUAAUCUCAUUUGGUGCCUUUGUGCAAAACUAGCGUGCUACUGCCGUCCUUUC